GUCGGCGGUGCACGGGCGGCGCACGCGGAGCUGCGCACUUCGCGCCCCCCUCCGGGUUUCGCAGUCGCCUUGACGACCGGGGGCCCGCAACGGCGGUGGGGAUGAGUCGUUGAGGGUGCGAGCCCUUGCGGACCUCGCCCAACUCGGCUGGGCCCGCGCCGGAGAGAGAGAGCCAGCUCCAUCCGAACAGAGACUAUGAGAAAAUGGUCGGGCCAACGAGGAAUAAGCUCAAAGAAGCGGCUUCACAGCCGUUGCACUCUUCCGGCUCCGUGCAGUGUAGGCGGCGGCGCCGAAUUACUGGAGCCGGGGAGCCGGAGAUGGAGGAGGAGCCGCAGGGGGAAGUGGAAAAGUCGGAGCUGCCUUUGCCCAUAGGCCGCAGGAACCUGCCCGGGGGCGCCCGACCCUACUCGCCGCGGAGGACCCGAAACCUGAAGGCUCAGAAAUGCAUGCAAAUGGAAAUGGUCACAAAGGCCCUUUUUCUCCGCCGCUUCCAAUUCCUCAGCUGUUACCUGGAGCAGCUCCUCAACAAGGUGCAUGUACUGCGGAGACGUCAGUUCUCGGGCAGGGCAACCAUCUGCAUAGCUGUCUUUUUCGGACUUUUGCACUGGAUACAUUUAGUAACACUUUUUGAAAAUGAUCGUCAUUUUUCUCACCUCUCAUCUUUGGAACGGGAGAUGACUUUUCGCACUGAAAUGGGACUUUAUUAUUCCUACUUCAAGACCAUUAUCGAAGCACCUUCAUUUUUGGAAGGACUGUGGAUGAUAAUGAAUGACAGGCUCACUGAGUAUCCCCUUGUGAUAAAUACAGUGAAACGCUUCCAUCUUUAUCCAGAGGUGAUUAUAGCCUUCUGGUAUCGUACAUUUAUGGGAAUAAUGAAUUUAUUUGGGAUAGAAACUAAGACCUGCUGGAAUGUCACCAGAGUAGAACCUCUAAAUGCAAUUCAAAGCUGUGAAGGAUUGGGAGACCCUGCUUGCUUUUAUGUUGGUGUGAUUUUUAUUUUAAAUGGAAUAAUGAUGGGAUUGUUCUUCGUAUAUGGUUCAUAUCUGAGUGGAACUCAACUUGGAGGUCUAAUUACAGUAUUAUGCUACUUUUUCAACCAUGGAGAGGCUACCCGUGUGAUGUGGACACCACCUCUCCGGGAAAGUUUUUCAUAUCCAUUUCUUGUACUUCAGAUGUUCGUUUUAACUAUGAUUCUCAGGACCUCGAACAGUAGUAGAAAGCAUUUUGUUGCACUCUGUCUUUCCAAUGUUGCUUUUAUGCUUCCCUGGCAAUUUGCUCAGUUUAUACUUUUUACACAGAUAGCCGCAUUAUUUCCUAUGUAUGUUGUGGGGUACAUUGAGCCAAACAAAUUUCAGAAGAUCAUUUAUAUGAACAUGAUUUCAGUUCUCCUUUGUUUUGUGUUGAUGUUUGGAAACCCAAUGUAUUUAUCUUCUUAUUAUUCUUCAUCUUUGUUAAUGAUAUGGGUGAUAAUUCUAAAGAGAAAUAAAAUUCAAAGAUUGGGAGUUUCUGAACUCAACUUUUGGCUAAUUCAAGGUUGUGGUUGGUUUUGUGGAACAAUCAUUUUGAAAUUUCUGACAUCUAAAAUCUUAGGCGUUUCAGACCAUAUUCGCCUGAGUGACCUUAUAGCAGCCAGGAUUUUAAGGUUUACAGAUUUUGAUACCUUAAUUUAUACCUGUGCACCUGAAUUUGACUUCAUGGAAAAUGCGACUCCCUUAAGAUAUACAAAGACAUUACUACUUCCAGUUGUUAUGGUGAUUACUUAUUUUAUCUUUAAAAAGACUUUCCGUGAUAUUUUAUGUGUCUUAUCUACAAACACUUAUCUAAGAAAACAGCUCCUUGAACAUGGUGAGCUAAUUUUCCACACCCUGCAGUUAGUGGCAUUUGCUGCUCUUGCCAUUUUAAUUAUGAGGCUGAAGCUGUUUUUGACACCUCACAUGUGUGUGAUGGCCUCCCUCAUAUGCUCCCGACGGCUCUUUGGAUGGCUUUUUUGCAGAGUUCGUUUUGAGAAUGUUAUCUUCAGCCUGCUAACAGUAAUGUCGCUACAAGGUUGUGCAAACCUCCAUAAUCAGUGGAGCAUAAUAGGAGAAUUUAAUAAUAUGCCUCAGGAAGAGCUGAUACAGUGGAUCCAGUACAACACCAGGCCAGACGCUGUUUUUGCGGGUGCCAUGCCUAUAAUGGCGAGUGUCAAGCUAUCUACCCUGCACCCGAUUGUGAAUCACCCACAUUACGAGGAUGCAGACUUGAGGGCCCGGACAAAAAUAGUUUAUUCCGUAUAUAGUCGAAAAUCUGCAAAAGAAGUAAGAGAUAAAUUAUUGGAGUUACAUGUGAAUUAUUACAUUUUAGAAGAGGCGUGGUGUGUUGUAAGAACUAAGCCUGGUUGCAGUAUGCUUGAAAUUUGGGAUGUAGAAGACCCUUCCAACGCAGCUAACCCUCCUUUAUGUAGCACCUUGCUCAAGAAUGAGAGGCCUUACUUCUCCACGGUGUUUCAGAAUAGUAUGUACAGAGUAUUAAAGGUUAACUGAGGCUAGGCCUCCCCAUCACCCUGGGAAGCAAAGAAGUGCACAGAGAACCAUCACUUUGGCUUAUUUACAUUAAUCCAGAUCACAGGCUUUAAUAAGGGAUCCUUAAAAAGAAGAUAAAAUGAUUUAGGCUUUUCUCAUUACUAAAAGGGAAAUUAUUUCACUGUUUUCCAUUGAAUGUCAGCCUCAUGAAGCUUGUCAUUUAAAUAACUAAAUCGUUUCAUGUGCUGCACAAACAAAUGUUCAUCUUAAAAUUCUAAAGAAAAAUGUAUGUAAAAGAGCAGUGAAAUUUAAUAAAUCAGAGGUAUGUUAGUCCUUUUGUACCCAGCUAGGUGGAUUGCUUCAGAUUUUCUCUAGUAUCAGGAGGUACCAGCUCAAACUCCCCAAACCACUUAGAAUCAACUAAUGCCAUUUGAGAAAUGACAUUUCCUUCAGAUUCCAAUACGGAUCACAACUUCUUCUGUGAGGAGAUUUGUUAGUAACUGUGUUCAUUAGGGCUGCUUUUGCUUUACCGGCCUUCAGGAAAGAUCUUUAAUAGCUUUCAAUAAGUUUUUAUCAUUUCAAGUUAAGUAUUUUUAAAGACAGCUUGUUAUUUUGCAAUGUUUUGUACCUCUUGAAUUUAUUUACCCAACCAGUAUUUUUUCCAUUGAUUAGUUCUCAGCCUAAAUUCAAGAGGUUAUUAAUUUGUCUUUAAAAUGCAGUGGUUUUUCUUGUAAUAUCCAGGUAAAAUAAAAAUGACUAUUGCAGAUGACCAAAUGUGGGGGUUAAACAUAAUCAGAAAAGAAAAUCUAGUUAAAUUUAUCAAAGGAGAUUUAAAGAUUCUAGAUCUUGGAUGAAACAAAGGCAUUUCACCUCGGCCCUGGACUUCAUUGGACAUAGUCUUUCUUUCUGGCCACCAUCUUUUGUGAUAACAUAUUUUUAAGUCCUCAGUUAUUUUUGAUUUUGGAUGAGGUAGGUGAUGUUUUAUAAAUUCGUUCCCCAAAUAUAAAACCUACCCAAAAUAAUGCUUUGGGAAGUGGUAAAUAGUUAUCUUGAAGAUAUUGUUGCUGAAUGCAAAGAUAAACACUCUCUUUCUCUGCUUGGUAGACAUCAAAUAUGCCACAUCCAUAGCAUUUUAAUGUACAUCUACUUUAAGUUAACAUCUUGGAGUUUUUAUAAUUCCCUUAUGUUCUUGUUACAUUUGAUGUAACAAAAUGACUUAAUUCCAUAGAUCAGAUCACUUACAGUAGGUAGGAGAUUAUAUACAGGAAAACCAAUAAAAUUGUUUUUCAUCUAUAAGUUGUAAAAUAUUUACAGGAUACAAAGCAGCUAAGAAAGCAUACCACAUUUUACUUAUUUUGGCAUUUUCAAGUAAUUUGUUUUGGUAUGUGAGGCAAGGAAGGAAAAGAGACAUAACACCUAACACUCAUAAAAUUAAUGUGACACAUUGGAUGGUGUUUUUAUAGGAAACACGUUUUAAAGAACUUGGCAGAAUUCAACAACAAAAAUGGGACGUAUUGUACUAAAAAAAUGUUCCAUACAAAUAUAAUGUAUUAAUGUGGAUUUAUGUUAUUUUCAUGUACUGGGUAUGUUUAAAAAUUA